GAAUGAAUCUGAAGUCUGCUGCAGUAAAACACUGAAGGCUUUAAAAUGUUUUCUUGCAUAAAACUCAAACUUUAAGUAGCUGCUUAUGAGGAUAGGGAAGGCAGGAAGCUAAUGUCUGUCUCAAGACACAGGACAGCUGUUUGCUCAUCAACCUCAACUGUGUGUGCAACAGAAGAACAUGGCUCAAGAAACUAAUCACAGCCAAGCACCUAUGCUUUGCUCCACUGGCUGCGGAUUUUAUGGAAACCCUCGUACAAAUGGCAUGUGUUCGGUAUGCUAUAAAGAACAUCUUCAAAGACAGAACAGUAGCAGUGGUAGAAUAAGCCCACCUGCAGCUUCUGUCAGCAGCCUGUCUGAAUCCUUACCAGUACAGUGCGCAGAUGGAAGUGUCCCAGAUGCUCAGUCAGCGCUAGAUUCUACGUCUUCAUCUAUGCAGCCAGGCCCUGUAUCAAGUCAGUCUCUUUUAUCAGAAUCUGUAGCACCUUCCCAAGUGGACAGUACAACUGUGGACAAAGCAGUAUCCGAGACAGAAGACCUGCAAGGACCCAGAGCAGAGGGCCUUGUUCCUCUUGAAUGUGAUCCUCCAUCUUCAGUAUCAGAUACAACACAACAACCAUCUGAAGAGCAAAGCAAGUCUCUUGAAAAACCAAAACAAAAAAAGAAUCGCUGUUUCAUGUGCAGGAAGAAAGUGGGACUUACUGGGUUUGAAUGCCGGUGUGGAAAUGUUUACUGUGGUGUGCACCGUUACUCAGAUGUUCACAAUUGCUCUUACAAUUACAAAGCUGAUGCUGCUGAGAAAAUCAGAAAAGAAAAUCCAGUAGUUGUUGGUGAAAAGAUCCAGAAGAUUUGAACUGCUGCUGGAAUACAAAAUCCUUUGAUCAUCUGCAAACUAAAAAUUGACUUGAGGUUUUUUUUCCUAGUCCUUGGGAAUGUAGAGCACCGUAUCUUGCAUAGACCUUUGAAUCAUGCAUGUCAUCAGAAGAAUAGAUUUUUGUUUUUGUUUUGAAAAUGACUCUGAACAUUUAUUUCCAUUGCAGUUUCUGUGGCUGAAAAGAAGUAUUAUCCUUUUAAGAUCAUUUUAAUUUUAGUUGAGUGCAGAGGGCUUUUAUAACAAAUGUGGAGAAAUUCUGGAGGGCUGUGAUUUUUCCAGUAUUAAACAUGCAUGCGUUGAUCUUGCAGUUUAUUUCUCAUUGUGUAUGUAUAUAUAGCUUUUCUCUGCAGCACGAUUCCCUUUUGAUAAUGCCCUUCUGGGUACAACUAGUUAUCAGUAACUGAAUGUAUCUUAAUCAUAUGGCUGCUUCUGUUUGUUCUGUUUUCAUUAACAAAGGUUAUACAUAUGUUAGCAUAUAGUUUCUUUGCACCCACUAUUUAUGUCUGAAUCAUUGUCACAGGAGAAUAUGUGCUGACAACAUUCUAACUUUGUGGUUUUUUGUUUUUGCUUUGUUUUGUUUUGUUUUUUGUUUUUUGUUUU